CCUUUUACCUACCUCACAGUGCUGAGUGUGCUUUCAAAAGAUUCUGCGAGUGGCCGACCGCUGUUUCCGGCGGUGGCAUCGAAUUAAUCGAGGAUCCGCGUCUGACGCCGCCCGAUAACAUGGGGAACUGUUUGGGGAGUUUGUUUCAAUUUCUGAAUGUGCGGAGACUUGGCGCAUCCAGACGACUGAAGUUGUCGCCUAAACCCGCCGAUUCGUCUUCCGAAUGUCCGACGGCGGUUGUGACCGACGAUUCCGAUCGAUGUGACGUCGCGGAUGCUCUGAGAGUUGGAGAAUCAGGUGAUGUGUGGGAGGUGAGGAUCGAUUUGGGGGUGGUGGAGGAGUCCGAUGAUUUCACUAAGAGGAGGAGCAGUUUGGAGGCUGAGUAUAAUGAUGAUGAGUGUCGGCUUCUGUUGCAUAAGGCUCAGAAAAUUAAGCAGGAUGCGGUGGAGGAAUGCUUUGCGCCACUUACUGCACAGGAAGAAGCUUUGGUUGCUCAGGCCUUAUCCAUUUCCAAUAGGGGAAAAGUGUUGGUGAGUCAUAAGAAUUCUGGCAUUGAUAUUACUGGAAAAAUAUUUGAGUGUUUGAGAAUAGGAGCUUGGCUUAAUGAUGAGGACUUUUCUGGGUGUGAAGAAGCUGAUUUGGGAAGCUUAUGGUUUGAAUUUUAUAUGAUCAUCCACACUUUCUUGCAGGUCAUUAAUUUAUAUUUCGAAUUAUUGAAGGAGAGAGAACAAAGAGAGCCUAGAAAGUUCUUGAAAUGUCAUUUCUUCAACACUUUCUUUUAUAAGAAGUUGAUCAGUGGUGGAGAUGGCUACAACUUCCAAGCGGUUCGAAGAUGGACGACACAAAGAAAGCUUGGAUAUCACCUUAUGGAUUGUGAGAAAAUUUUUGUGCCCAUCCACAAGGAACUGCAUUGGUGCUUGGCCAUCAUCAACAAAAAGGAUGAAAAGUUUCAGUAUCUCGAUUCACUCUACAAAGGAGUCGAUAGUCAAGUGUUGCAUGUACUGGCAAGGUAUUAUGUUGAUGAGGCAAAAGACAAAAGUGGAGUAGACAUUGAUGUUAGUUCAUGGAAGAAAGAAUGUGUUGUGAAUCUUCCCCGGCAGGAAAACGGGUCUGACUGUGGCAUGUUCAUGAUCAAGUACGUCGACUUCCAUAGCAGAAACAUCGGACUUUGUUUUGACCAGGGCGAUAUGCCGUAUUUUAGGCAGAGGACGGCGAAGGAAAUUUUGAAUCUGAAAGCCGAGUGAUAACCAAAGAGGUUUCUUCGAUGGGUGUUUUCGGCAUGGACGAGGAUGGAGGGAUGUUAAUUUGUGUUUCAAUUUUUACCUCAUAAAUAUCAUUCUUACAAUAUUGUAAACAGGACAAGCAGAAUCGACCAGCAAAGAAACCUUCCUUAAAGAUCCAGUAUGUAAAUUUAACUUUGUGGUAAUUGAUUACAAGUCCUGUUUUUUUAA